GCUAAGCAACUGCCACGAGAGGAAGUUUACGUACCCCCAACUCUAUACAGCUGAUAGUUGUCAAAGUAAAGUUGUCAGGGAAACUGUGCGCUGGAAUGAUGGACGGUAGUCAGUCGAAAAAUACGGAUUCGCAGUUUAUAUCCUUUCACGAUUUUGCGCCCAUAAAUCAGGCUAGUAACGCCGAAGGACAACUAGGUACCGGAUCUUCCACACAUCAGUCAUUCAAUAACCUCCCCAACGACUCCACUGGCACCGGUAUUAUAGAAGAUCUCCAAGGAAUACACAAUAAAAAUGAAAAUGACACUCAACGCAGCUUCUGGACGAUCGAGUACUAUCAGAAGUAUUUCAAUGUUGACACAAGUGAUGUCUUGGAACGGCUCAAGCGAUCCAUGAUACCACAUGGUCGUGAUAAUUACUUUAUAACGCACAUCAGGCCAAAUCCAGACCUGUACGGGCCCUUCUGGAUAUGCAUGACUCUGGUCUUUUCUAUUGCAAUCAGCGGGAACAUGGCGGAUUAUAUGCAGACUGCUGGCUCCACUAAAUUUCAUUGGAGAUACGAUUUCCAUGUUGUUUCAUAUGCAGCCACUUGCAUAUUUCUGUAUGCUUGGCUACUACCAUUGGCUCUAUGGGGCGCGUUAAAAUGGACAAACAGCUCAAGAAACACUGAGGAAGAAUUGAUCGAAUCUUACGUUGCUCCAAGGAUAUUGGAACUUUUGUGCCUGUACGGAUAUUCUCUAACUAUUUAUAUCCCAGUAACAUUUCUGUGGACAAUCCAAAUCCGCUGGUUGCAAUGGUGCUUGGCUAUAGUAGCGACCAUUAUAUCCGGCGGGAUCUUGCUGCGGUCGUUGCUGCCAGUAAUUGCAGGUAAACAUCGAAUAAUAUACGUUGCCGUGAUUCUGGGUAUGCAUCUGAUAUUGGCGGCAGGAUUUAUGCUGUAUUUCUUCCGCGACUCAUCCAAGGGCAUUAUGCCAGUGAAUAUGAAUGAAUUGAUAGCUUCCACUACGCAACGCAGCGUGUUGCAUGCAGCCAACAUGUCACAACACGAUAAUCAUCAUGCUGCGACGAGCUCGACAUCUUGAAACGUCCAAAUGCAUGUCUAAGGAUAAGAACAAUUUCCGAGAAAAAUUAUCUCUCGUUCGUACACGCUCGUGUGUGUGUAUGUAUUCGAUAUGAUUUUAUUUUAAAGAACACUAUCGCCGCGUAUUUUCAUUAACCAACGCGCGGAAUGGAACGCGAAAUGGAAUUGUUCCGAUCGGCAUUGCGUCUUCGCUCGCGUAGAAGUAAUAUUUAUACUGUAAUUAUGUGAAUUAUUAUGGUGCACUGAGAAUAAAAAGAAAUAUGCACGCAUUUCUACGAA